AUGGUAGGCGGUGAAGUAUCUUUCAGCCACGAAAUCGACCGUAACCCUGCGGUCUCGGAUGCAGGCACAAUCAAAGCAAGUGUAACCAUGGUCACGUUGGAUGAAACUGUACGAACGUUCUCGAUUACGUGGCUCGCGGACUACGUCAUAGAAGAUGAAGGAAUUAGUAGUAGAGAAGACCUUAAUGAUCUUUUGAUGGAAGCAGGUUUCCCUCUCGAUCCAGAAUCCAGUUUGUUUGCGCUGACCGACAUAGCCAACGAUCGUAUCAUUGAAGUGACUUCCUCGGAUGAUUAUACCACAGAUUGUGCUCUGUUUCUCAAAUUGACCUUUCGUGAUCAUCUUUCCUUUGACGACACUGCCUUUGACGACACUGUUACUUUUAUACGCUUUAGACCCGCAACGGAGCUCGCUAUGAGGUCUCUUACCAAGAAAAUAUACUACAAGACUAGCAGCUCUAUAGGUGAUAAGUGCACAAUUUGUUUGGAAGAGUUGAAGGAUGGAGCAAGAGUUGUGUCUUUACCAUGUGGACAUGAGUUUGACGAUAAGUGUAUUGUAGAAUGGUUUGGGACUAGUCACUUAUGUCCAUUGUGUCGUUUAGAGCUACCUUGCGAAGAUCAAUGAAGAGAUGGAAGGAUUCGCUUACCAAAUUGUCUAAU